GUCUGGGCCCGCGAAGAGCGAGAUUAUUUCACUCGGUGAGGCCGCCAAGAUGGGAUCGUGCUCGCCGCUGCUGCUGCUGCUGCUCCUCGUCGGCGCCGCUCGGUGCCAGCGCAAGGACCAGAACGUGUGCCGGAAGGACAACGGUCUGUUCGAGCACGAGCAGUACUGCGACUACUACUACGAGUGCGAGGACGGCGUGCCCACGCUGCAGCUGUGUCCCAACGGGCUGGCCUUCUCGGGCAAGAACCGCGGCCUCCUCAACAACUGCGACUACCCGCACAGAGUGGGCUGUCCCGACGACGACGGGCGCGUGAUGGGCCAGAGCCCCCAGAGCAGCGAGAACUGCCACUGGCAGUACGGCGUGUUCGCUCACCAGACGAGCUGCACCCGCUACUGGCAGUGUUGGAACGGCACGGCCACCAUCCAGCAGUGCCCUUUCUCUCUGCUCUACAAUGACGUGAUGCACGCCUGCGACUGGCCAGACAACGUGCCCGACUGCCAGAAGCACCCCAUCUGCAAGGACAACCCCAACGGCCACAUCCCCAUCGAGAAAAGUUGCGUCCGCUACUGGCUCUGCGUGGGCGGAUACCCGCGACUGCAGCGCUGUCCCGCGGGGCUCGCCUUCAGCCCGACCGCGCUGCGCUGCGAGCUCACCGACAACGUGCCCGGCUGCGAACUUCCGCCGACCACGCCGCAACCUGAGGAGGCCGAAGAGCGACCCCAGCAGCAGAGGCCUCGGCCACAACAGCAAGCCGCCAGACCGGCACCGCCACAGUCUGCUCCCAGUGGCCAGCGGCGAUUCAGCCCACCACCCCAAUCGGUGCCUGCCCUGGCUCAGGCUUCACCAAUUGCAGACCAGGAUGAUGACUACUCCGAUGCUGGGCAGAAUCGGGCACAGGGCGUGGUGCGCAGGCCAGCCUCAUUCAGGCAGGCCGUGCCAGCUUCCAACGGGAAGUAAGGCUUUUGACUGGGAAUCACCCAAACCAUGCUUCCUCAAUUUGACCUGCACGCUAGACUUGGCCAGACACCUUAAAUUGGUACCAUCUAGUCUUGCCCAAUUACAUUCCCAUCAUGGUGCAAGCCAGCCAGCAGCACAACGCUUGGAGUGCACACCGUCGAGCUGCAGCCUCGAGAGAGCUUCAACCCGCUGCUGCCAUCGGAUGGCUGCCUGCCUUGCUGCCCACCCUUUCACUGAGAAUAAAAACAGUACUGGCCAUUUUCCUGUCCCAACUACUGCUUGCCACCUUCCACUUGCUCUCCUCUGAAUGCAGGAGGGUAACGCAAACUACAUGAUGAACCUUACAUGCAGCAUUUAGUUAUCCCCUACUACAUCUUGCUAGUUCAGACGCAUGCUGUAAGGUAUCGCAGUAACCAAACAUAUUACAACUGUACUGCUGCAGCACCCCACUGCUUGUUAAAUAUGCAUCAAGGCUCAGCUGAGCCGUUCAACCUGAUCCUACUAGCAUCAAAAGCUGUGCUUGAACGGGCACUGAGCUACUAUCGGAAACCCCCAAGAGCAUUGUGGUAAACACUUGCUGAAAGUUGACUGUCGUACUUUUCUUGUAUUACGUCUUUUUCAAACAUAAUACUGUUGGUUAAAUGCUCGCUUUUAAGCCAACACCUAAGGAUAGUUUCAAUGUGCUCUUAUUUUUAGUGUGUACAUACGAGUGUUCAAACUGCUUGUUAGUGUGUGACAUGUGAAGCACAUGAAUGUCAAAUAAAAUUUCACUGAACAAGAA